AUGGAGUACACUACGGUAUCCACCGGUGCCACAGGUUGGAAGUGCAAAUCUCGCAAGACCAUGUUUUGCAAGGAGAAUAUGCUUCAGUACACCGCCAACUGCGCGUACUGCAAGGCAAGCAGGCCGGCGGCGGCUGCGCCUCCGCCAGUGAUCACCGAGGACAAGACCGAAGACAGGUCGACCACACCUACCCCAAAGGCCUCCUAA